AUGGGCAUCCCGUGAUGCAUUGCGUAGAAGCUUCCGAGCCGUACGGAUGUUAGAGCCACUCUCUCUUUCAGAGAACACUGUAAGACGAGCUGUUCAUAUCUUACAAAGUGUAAUAGCUCGUGCAGUUCGUAAACGUUUUAGUCGGAACACUCGGACUUUUUUUCUCUCCUCCCUUAAAUUGUAGAUAACGUGUUUUCUUUAUAGUGUUAAUUUAUAUCUUUCUAUCGAACUUUUGUUUCUCUUUUUGAUAAAACGCAUAACCUUCGAUUAAAUUCAUUCGCGUUAAAAUAUGGCUGAUCAAGAGAAUAAUGACUUCAGCGAAGAUAUCGCUGAUCAAAACUUUGAGCAGAACGGUGAAGCGGAAAAUGGUGGCGGCGGGGACGCCGCUGAAAACAACCAGGAGUCGCAGGAAGACAGGUCGGCCGGAGGUAACCAGGAUUCUCUAAACGAUAGGAAAUUGUUUGUUGGUGGACUGAGUUGGGAAACAACGGACAAGGAACUUCGAGAUCAUUUCGGUGCUUACGGUGAUAUUGAAAGCAUCAAUGUUAAAACUGAUCCAAAUACGGGACGAUCACGCGGAUUCGCGUUUAUUGUAUUUGCUAAAGCUGAAUCCUUAGAUAAGAUCAUUUCCGGUGACCAUGUGAUUAAUAAUAAAAAAGUAGAUCCGAAGAAAGCUAAAGCCAGGCAUGGAAAAAUUUUUGUUGGAGGUCUUCCAACAGAAUUAGCAGAUGAUGAUAUUAAAAAUUUCUUCUCGCAAUUUGGCACUAUCGUAGAUGUAGAGAUGCCCUUUGAUAAGACAAAGAAUCAACGUAAAGGAUUUUGCUUCAUUACGUUUGAGUCUGAACAAGUUGUAAAUGAACUAUUAAAAACACCAAAACAAACUAUUAAUGGCAAAGAGGUUGACGUUAAGAAAGCUACUCCGAAACCAGAUGGCAUGGGUGGAAUGCGUGGUGGUGCAGGUGGUCGGGGUGGCCGGGGUGGCCGUGGAGGUAGAGGUCGUGGAUUUGGAGGCCAAGGAGGUUGGGGUCAAGGCGGUUAUGGCGGCGGUUAUGGUGGCGGAUACGGCCAAGGAGGCUAUGGUGGAGGCUACGACGGUUAUGGCGGUGGCUAUGAUUAUUAUGGCGGUGGGUACGGCGGCUAUGGCGGCUACGACUAUAGUGGAUACGACGGCUAUGGAUAUGGCGGUGGUAGUUACGAUGGUGGCUACAGUGGCGGGCGCGGUGGUGCACGCGGUAAAGGAGGCUCAGGCUAUGGCGGCAAGCAGAGGGGAGGUCGCCAAAAUCAAAGGCACCAACCUUAUUAAUGGAAAUCUUUACUUGCAACUGCAAUGUUAUAUUCAUUGCAAACACAGGUUUGCUACAUAAAAUUCAUCGUAAAUCGUCAGAUCAUCAUCAUUCCAUUAAUAAACAACCACAUCAUCAACAACAACAACGCAGACAACAACUGCCGCAAAAUAAAUUCAAUCACCGAGAUGCACACAAUUAAACAAAAAAAAGGAAAUAACAGUAAAAUAGUUGAUCAUGUUGCGUUUAAACAUAAAAUAUUAAUAAUAUUAAUUAAUAGCAUUGUGGAAAUUUUAGAGUAAAAACAACAACGUUUUCGCAAGAACGUAAGAAAAUAUUCACAGAUAAAAAAACGAAAUAAGAAAGAAAUAAGAAAAAAGUAAAAAAUGAAAAUACAUAAUGUAUAUACAUAUACACAUGUAUAUAUUUCUUUAAAUGCGUAUAUGUAUGUACAUAAGUUUUGCUUCCAUCUCUCGUUUACCCCUUUGUACGAAAUAGCAGUCAACUAAAAACUUAUUAUAUAUCUUAUUAUAGUUUAAAAACUUAACAAAAAAA